AUGGCACAUCCAUCACAACUAGGCUUUCAAGACGCAGCUUCGCCAGUGAUAGAAGAACUUCUACAUUUCCACGACCACGCCUUAAUAAUUGUAUUCCUUAUCAGCACCCUAGUGCUUUACAUUAUUGUAGCCAUGGUAUCGACCAAACUUACUAAUAGCUAUAUUUUAGACUCCCAAGAAAUUGAGGUUGUCUGAACAAUUCUUCCAGCAGUUAUCCUCAUCCUAAUUGCCCUCCCUUCCCUUCGAAUCCUCUAUCUGAUAGACGAAAUUAACGACCCACACUUAACUGUAAAAGCAGUGGGACAUCAAUGAUACUGAAGUUACGAAUAUACCGACUAUCAACAACUUGGCUUUGACUCCUACAUGAUUCCAACCCAGGACCUGACUCCUGGGCAGUUUCGCCUCUUAGAAACAGAUCACCGAAUAGUGGUACCCUCCGAAACCCCAGUUCGAGUCCUAGUAACAGCCGAAGAUGUCCUCCACUCUUGAGCAGUACCUGCCCUAGGCGUUAAAAUGGACGCAGUACCAGGCCGCCUAAAUCAAACAGCUUUCAUUGCAUCCCGACCAGGAGUCUUCUACGGACAAUGCUCUGAAAUUUGCGGCGCCAACCAUAGCUUCAUACCAAUUGUUGUAGAAGCAGUACCUCUACAACACUUUGAAAACUGAUCCUCCUUUAUACUUCAAGACGCUU